AUGGGCGUUAUUCAGGAUACAACCUAUGUCAUUGCUCUCGGGUUAGGAUUUGAUCGUGAUGAAAAUGACUAUAAGGUUGUGAAGUUGGUGAGGUUUGCAAAAAAUGGAAGUGUGUAUGAGGCUGAAAUUGUGGUUGAGAUUUACACCCUUAGACUUUAUGCUUGGAGAAGAAUUAGCGCAAAUACUUCUGGUCAACCUGAAUGCACUUUAUUCAUUCUUGCUUUUGAUUUGGGCAGUGAGGAGUUUAAAAGGAUUAUGGUUCCUAGUCAUCAAGUGCCUACAGGUUACCCUAAAAGUCAUGUUCGAGUGCUUGAGAAAUCACUUUCAUCUUUCCAUCUAAGACAUGAGCAACUGAAUUAUUUUUGCGACAUAUGGGUUCUUGAAAUGGAUACUUGGAAGAUGACCCGCUGGAUUCUUCUAACCAAAGGGGAUUUGUAG